UCCACAUCUCGGAAGUUGUUUUUGUGACCGUCCGUCAUAUGGGCAGACAUUUUGCAAGGUUUUUUUUUUUUUUGGAAAACUUUAAAUAAUUCGUGUCCUCUGCAAUAAUUUGUCUGUGUUUGUACACUUAUAUGUCACCACAAUCAUGUGGUAUGAGAUAUUGCCCGGCUUUGCUGUUAUGACAGUCUGUCUGAUGAUUCCUGGCAUCGCAACUGCUCAAAUCCAGAAGUUCACAAACGGUGGAAAGGAAAAGAGGAUCGCACGGGUUCCCUAUCACUGGUAUUUGAUGGAGAGAGACAGGAGAGUGUCUGGAACUGGUGCACACUACCAUGCGAAGGGACUUGAAAACAUCAAAUGAAGAGUCACCAAGAAACAAUUGAAAUGUACAUUUUGUCCAGAAGUCUAUUAAAAUGUUAUGUUAAAA